AUGGCGGCCGAGGACCCGAAGAAGAUGAUCACGCUCAGGUCCUCCGACGGGGAGGAGUUUGAGGUGGAGGAGGCGGUGGCGAUGGAGUCGCAGACGAUCCGUCACAUGAUCGAGGACGACUGCGCCGACAACGGGAUCCCGCUCCCCAACGUCAACUCCAAGAUCCUCUCCAAGGUAAUUGAGUAUUGCAAAAAGCACGCCCAGCUGGCGGCCAAGCCCGUGGCCGAUGGCGCUUCUGCCCUGUCCUCCAUGGAGGACAUCAAGAAUUGGGAGGCCGAGUUCGUCAACGUCGACAAGGCCACCCUCUUUGACCUUAGCCUCGCCGCCAACUACCUCAACAUCAAGGGGCUGCUGGACCUCACCUGCCAGACCGUCGCCGACAUGAUCAAGGGCAUGACACCGGAGGAGGUCCGCAAGACCUUCAACAUCAAGAACGACUUCACCGCUGAGGAGGAGGAGGCGAUCCGCAGGGAGAACCAGUGGGCCUUUGAGUAA